AUGUUGUUUCCGGCGCCGUAUGACGUGCCGGAGAAGAUGGCCAAGAAAGCGGCCAAAGGGGCCAAGAAAGGCCCUUGCCAAAAAGGCACUCCGGACAUGUCGUCCGAGGAUGAGACUUCCUCUUCAUCCGACGACGAUGAUGAAGAGGAAGAAGAAGAAGAAAAUGAUUCCCCACCUGAGGUGGGGAGGAAGAAGAGGGCGGCUCCCCCGGAUCCGGAGGCGAAAGCGCCCAAGAAGGUUAAAGGAUCCCAAACGGAUAACUCCGUGUGGGAUAUUGAUAGCAGUCCAGAACGACCUCGCUGGACCAAGCCUCGGGACGCUUCUCCGGCACGUGAUGGCUCCCUGCAGUCCUCGACUGAGGAUUCGCUGGGCUCGAAGGAGAGGGCUAGCACAUCUCCGCCACCUACUCAUUCUGUCUCACCCAAGGGUGAUGACGAGGUGGUGUCCAAAAAGACUUUCCCAGGCCGGGGGGAGAUUCCGGAGAUCAUCGGGGUGACGUCCCAGGAUGAUUUUUUGGCCGCCGGACAUGUGGGGAAAAAAGUCCCCGUGGGAACUGGGGCCACGACCGAGGUGGCAGCCCUUAAAAAGGCGCUAGCCGAGGCUGAGGACAAGGCGGCCAAGGAACGUGCCUCGCGCGAGAAGCACGAGGCCCGGGAUGGCGAGGCGCAGCAAGAGCUCCAGAGUGCGAUAGAGAGAUUUGAAUCCUUGGAGCAUAAUUAUAAGGCGCAAGAGUCCGAAUUGGCCAAGGCCCGCCAGAGCGCGCAGGAUGCACAAGCCGAAGCCCAAAACGCCCUCCAGGAAAUUCAGGCGGCCAAGAAGAUUACAGCGGGGGUGUUUACGGAUCUGCCGCACACGACCAGCUAA